AACCCUCAUCUACCAAAACCAAAAGUUCAAAAACCACAGGUCCAUCUCAGUUCCUAUUUUAGAUUUAUUGGCGAAGAGACCAUCGCUCAAAGUUGGGGACUCGGAGACGAAUUCACGUGGAUUGUCGACCCUAUUGACGGAACCUCCAACUUUGUUCACAAUUUUCCCAAUUUUUGUGUCUCGAUUGCAGUGACAUUCCAGAAGCAGGUGAGUUCUGGACUAACGGAUAAGCCUGUCGUAGGGGUCGUCUUCAAUCCGUCCACUAAAGAAAUGUUUUCUGCCAUCAAAGGUCGGGGAGCCUUCAAAAAUGGCCAAGAAAUGCGAGUCUCAUCAGUUUCUGGUAACAAAUGAGAUCAAAAAGUAGAACUGAGUCGAGCAUUGGUUAUUGCAGAGUACGGAGGGUGGCGGUCGGAAAGUGUGACUUUUCAAAAGAUUUCUAACAACCGGAAUCUUAUUUGCAAAGGAAUUCGAAUGAACGGAAGUGCUGCCUUAAAUAUGUGCUAUGUCGCCGAUGGUCGGGCAGAUGCUUACUUGGAGUUUGGAAUAAACGUUUGGGAUUAUGCGGCAGGGGUGGUUAUAGCUCAGGAGGCGGGGGCGUGUGUGAUGAAUCCUUAUAAUGGUUUUGUCUCCGUUUGUAGUUGCAGGGGGGAAUGUUGA